CUCUCCUGGGUGUCUACCAGCGCCGUCAGCUCGCAUCUGGAUCCCAGUAGGACAAGCUUGCUGUCCAGUGUCCUGACCCAUAGAAACCACGGCCUCCUCGCUAGUGGACAGAAAGCUAGAAAAAUAUAAGAAUCAGCUUUUUGAGGUCUUCUCCUUGCUUGUGGUUCUUACUGCCGUCGUAACCAAGAGAGCUCACUCCUGGGAUUCUUGCAUGCAGUGCAAAAAAGUUUUUAAAACUCUUGCAAAGGUUUUGUUUGGUCGCGUCCUGGUGAUUUAAUUGAGUCUGGAACUCGAUAUUGUCUUAAACACCCGUGCUGUUAGAGGGAUUAAGUCAGAUGGUGUUUUUUUUUGGUAGUUUUUUUGUUUCUGUGAAUGAAGCGUCUGUUGUGCUGAAGGAAGCAACAAGUCUCCAUGAGGAAACUCGGCGUGGCUCACACUUAGCUACACACCUGGACACUUUUCUACGUUUUGUCCUCUUCUUUUUGCGUGUGUUUUUCCCCGUCUAAAGCUGAUACAAAAUGAAGACGCUGUUGUUGCUGUGUGUGCAUAGCACCCUGGUCGUGUUGUGUUUGUCCGCCACGGCGGAGCAAAAGUUGAGAAACUGCAACGAAGUUCGGGCUGCGUACAGCUCCAAGGGCUUCAACGUCAACGAUGUUCCCAACAAAGGAGUCAACGGAGCGUCCCUGAAAGUCUGUCCUCAGGGUUUCUCCUGCUGCACGGUGGAGAUGGAGGAGAAGCUGAGCCAGCAGAGUCACUAUGAGAUCAAAGCUCUUGUCUCCAAGCUUAGCACCAAACUACAGUCCACCUUCCGGCAGAGGCACGAGCAGUUUGACAAGUUUUUCCGAGAGCUUCUGAAGAACGCAGAGCUCUCACUGCACAACAUGUUUGUACGAACGUACGGCAUGAUGUACGUGCAGAACGCCGACCUGUUCAAGAACUUCUUUCAGGGCCUGACGCGGUACUACGCGUCCGGCAGCUCGGCCGUCAACCUGGAAUCCAUGCUGUCUGACUUUUGGGCCGACCUCCUGGAGAGGAUGUUCCGUUUGGUCAACGUGCAGUAUGAAUUCAGCGAUGCCUACAUGGAGUGCGUCAGCCGUCACACAGAGCAGCUGCAGCCCUUCGGCGACCUUCCCCGCAAGAUCCGCAUCCAGUUGACACGUGCAUUUGUUGCUGCCCGCACCUUUGUGCGUGGCCUCAACCUUAUGCCGGAGGUGGUGAAUAAAGUCUCAAUGGUCAGCGCGUCUCCCAGCUGUGUGCGAGCGGCCAUGAAGAUGUUGUACUGUCCCUACUGCUCGGGCCAAGUGGCCUUGAAACCCUGCCAGAAUUACUGUCUAAAUGUCUUGCGGGGCUGUUUGGCCAACCAGGCCGACUUGGACACAGAAUGGAACAACUUUCUUGAUGCCAUGCUUAGCCUGGCUGAGAGGCUUGAUGGUCCCUUUAAUUUCGAGUCCGUCGUGGAUCCCAUUGACGUGAAGAUUUCUGAUGCCAUCAUGACCAUGCAAGAGAACAGUAUGCAAGUUUCACAGAAAGUUUUCCAUGGCUGUGGCCAGCCUAAACCGAGCAUGGCAUUCCGCUCCAAACGUUCCGUCAAGGAAACGAGCUUUACUGGCCGUUUCCGCCCCUACGGUCCUGAUGCAAGACCCACCACCGCUGCUGGAACAAGCUUAGAUAGACUGAUGAGUGAUGUAAAGAAGAAGCUGAAACAUGUCAAAAAAUUCUGGUCCACGUUGCCAGACACUGUGUGCGUGGAUGAGAGAAUUGCACCUGGUGAUGAUUGCUGGAAUGGCACAGCAAAGAGCAGGUAUGAGUCAGUGGUGAUUGGAAACGGACUGGCCAAUCAGGUGUCCAACCCUGAUGUGGAUGUGGACAUUACAAAGCCCGAUAUUGUGAUACGGAGUCAGAUUGCAGUUCUGAAGGAAAUGACAAGUUGGAUCAAAGCCGCUUGCAGCGGCAAUGACAUCUCCAUCGAUAACGACGAGGAAGCCAGCGGAGGAGAGGAGAGCGGCAGUGGCUGCGAUUCUCCGUCCUGUGACACAGAUCAGGACAUCUACUUCUCCACUCCAACCAACCCGGUGGAUCCCCGAGUUAACCUGGUGCACACUGAAUCGGCUGGUGUGGCCUUGCAGGGAAGCAUGGCACUGGCGCUCUGCGGGCUGGCCCUGCUUUUUGCCCACUUGAGAUAAAAGGAUUUGUGCGGUGAGAAGAAGAGAAUGACUGGGAAUGAUGGAGAGAAACUGUCAGAAAGACUUUAAAAAGACUGCCGUCAGGACCUUAGACAGCCUGCUAUCGGGGAUGGGGGGUUGAGGAAGACUCUUCUUAAUAAUACAAUAACUUCACUUUUAAUUAUUUGCAUGUUUUAAGGUCAACAGUGUCCAGCAAUCGGAGUUUUUUUUCCCCCAAGAAAGCCAACUUUUACUCACAGUGGCUCAGUUUGAGCGACCCUAUGCUUCUUGCUGCAGCAAUAAGAAAAAGUAUGUAAUUGUCUUCUUUUGGUAAUUGAAUACUCAAGUGUGCUUUCUUCAACACGUGACACCUACGACGGGACAUAUCUUCCUCAUCACUGAUGUCCUCACAAAGAUGUUGAGCAGUUAUGAGGAGCGGUCAUUCAAAAGAGUCAUUUAGCAAACUGUGAAACUCUGCAUGAACCGACGUCCGCCAGUACGAAAUUUGGAAAAUGGAGGGCCGUCACUGUUUUUGAAACGGUACUCCAUUUUCUUUGGAAAGACCGGGCAUCUUCUCAUCAUCUAAACACAGAGAAAUCUUACAUAGUUUCUUGAGGAGAAACAGAAGAGCAAACCUGCACAGUCUUUGUCGGCUGUGAGCUUCUGCUUUUCUCCUUCGGCAGUUCAUACCUCAUGCAUUCUCUCAUCGUCAGUGCAAUCUAGUGAUACGGAGCUGGAAGUGUGUGAUAGAGAUGUGAUAUGUGGGACUUUUGCUCCCUGGUGAGCAGGGAUGGGGCCUGAGGAGGAGAGGCGACCCCCCCCUCCUGGUGUUACCUCCGAAGAAGAAGAAGAAGGCAAAGCUGGCAAGUCCCAAACGCCCCCUUUGUGUGUACUGUAAGCUCAGUUCAGGCCUGAAGAUAUGACUUUGUAUAAGAUGACAAAUUAGUUUCGCAGUCAACUAGACAAGAGAACCAAAAGAGUGCUUUGAUCAAAUUUUUAAGACAUGGUUGUAUUUUGUAUUUUGUUUUUUCAUAUGAAGAUACUACAUUGGUACUACAUUGGAUUUGAAAUGCAAGUUGUAGGUGGCUCCUUGGAUGCACACUUGUACCUCUUAAAUGGCCUUUUUCAAUAUAAUUGGACAUGAACCUACCUAGAUGUAUCCGCACAGUCUCACCAUUUCAACUCGUGGUUGUGCUACCAGAAUGAAUACCAUGUAUUUUGACUGAUUCCUUUUUGUUUGAGUUGUUGGGGUUUUUUUUCAAUCUUGGUACAGAAUUGGCAACAUCUUAAGGUGAAACGAAUGUAGAUUUUAUUGAAUUACGUUAUGUGCUGACAUUUGUUACCAGCUAAAAAGCACAACACAAGACUCUUUUUGGUGAUUUCAUCUCUAACGUUGUAGCCUUUGUACAGUAACUUAUGUCUUUCUAUGUUGUCAUUCUUUAAAACCGGCUAAAGACUAUCUAUAACUUACAGUAUUCAUCGCCACUUCAAGGUCACAAAGUAUUUGAUUUUGUUAUAUCCGGGGGGGGGGUUAAAUAUGCAUUUUCAAGGUUUUUACUUUGUAUUUUUUAAUUUGCGUGCUUUCACCUUGGCUGGCAGAAAAUACUGUAAACCACUUCUUUUUUUUUUGCCACCAUUUUGUUCGGCUCUGCAUUUGACAUGUUGAUUGUAAGCUCAGAACAAAAUCUCUCCAAAAUAAGUGAGCGGUCCAGUCAUGAAUCAGUGAAAACAUCAUGUUAAAUAUGUCACUUUGAAGGAACCCCUAUGCAAACUGCCUUGAUUUCAGAUAAAGACGCUUGAUUUGGCAUUUCUUCAUCAACAACAAUGUUUGUGUGUGUCACCUUGACAUGUGGAAGAGUGGCGUUGAGUUAAGAACCCUCCCCUCCCAAAACAACUUUCAUGGUCAACCUUUUUGGGGAAAUAAUGGCGAAUGUCUGUGCUUGCGGGCUACAGCAGCAUUUUCCGACAAGCGGGAGUCGGUCCCGCUGCAAAUGUGGUGUGUUUGAACCCCACGUCCAGUCGGACAGUCGGUUCAAAGCUUUCCAUCAAACAGAAUGGACUCAUUCUCUGACGAGAGAGUGCCGGAACGACUGAAAAGAAGACGAGAAGUGUAAAUAAAGAGCAGGCGUUUUAGAUGUCUCUAAAAGAGGCCGUAACUGUACACCAGAUUUUUACUUGUCAGAGUAUCUCCAAAAUGUUAUGGAAAAACAAGAUGAGAUAGAUGUUAAAUUGUAAGAGAAAAUGUAUAUUAAACAUUUCUUAGUCUUGUUAAAAUAAAGACUGCCAAUAUUUAACUGUUUGUGAAUGUCUUGA